CCCUCAGUCUCAAACCCUCAAACAUCGCACAGACUCUGCGCUCCCAGACAGCUCUCUCUUUUCAUCAGUCUGCCAUCCACCUGUCUUUCCUUUCUCUCUACGCUCUUUUUAAACUCAUCACCCUAUUUUUGCUCGGGGACUCUUCUGUGUGCAUGAGAGAGUGUGUGUGUGUCUUUGUGAUUAAGAGUGUGUGAGUUCGCUACUGUGUGUGUGUGUGUGUGUGUACACGUCUGGAGUGAUGGCGCUGGGAAUGCCGUACUCGGACGCGAAGAGUUCCCUGAAUGGGAGCGCGGACUUCGAGCACAGCUGGAAUGCGGAGGCCCCUACGCCGCCCCCCAUGCAGAGCUACCUCAUUCUGACCAUCUUCACCUGCUUCUGUCCGGCCUACCCGGUCAACAUCGUCGCCCUGGUCUUCUCCCUCAUGUCGAGGAAAAGCUAUGAACUGGGUGACUACGAGGGCUCAAAGCGGCUUGGCAAGCAAGCGUUACACGUAGCCAUUGCCUCUUUUAUCAUUGGCAUCAUCAUCAUCAUCAUCUUCUUUGUCGUCCAAUUCGCCCUGAUUGAACUCUGAAGGAAGACAAUUCUUGAGGGUGGAGGCAUCGUUUCCUAACCUGUGCAUCUGUGGGUGAAUGGGUGAUGCUAUCUUUACAGACUGAAAAGAAAAGGGGUUUGGGGAACAUCACUGGAAUGUAAUCCCUAUAGUGGUAAGAAGGUCUUCCAGCCCAACUUUGGUUUCCAGGGAUGGUUUCACUGUCCUCGACCUUGCAGGAGCUCUCUUGGGCUGUGGAUCUGACCAUCAAUGGCUGACACAGGAAUAUAUUCAAUCAAUGAAGAGGUCAGGAAGAAAACAGUUCUGUCAUUCAAAUGACAUCAAAUGGGUCAUUCUAUGAAACGGGUGCCAUUUGUUUCCACGACAUUUGAUGAGAUGCAUUAGGCACAAACUAGACCCAAAGUGUGUUUCUAAAGCCUAAAGCUAAUAAUUCAAGGGUUCUUGUUAACAUGAUGUACAAUAAAAUACAAUUCUUAAAGAGUGUCACACUAUUUUUAACCAUUUUACACAAGUGCAUGGCAAUUUCCAUGUGUCUGGGUUGACCAACAUGCCAUUUACAUCUAAAAUAUCACCACGUAAAUGUUUAAACUUAUAUUCUGAAUUAAAUCUAUUUUCCUGAUGACAUUAGACAUAUUUAUUCAGAAUAAUAUGGUUAUUUAUGAAUAU